AUGCCGGUGUGGGCGUCAUCCUCAGUCCUCGCCACAGCCCCGAGGCAGUAUGCCACAGCGGCCUCGAUAGCAUCGGUGCUGAGGCUCCCCGAUGACUACGUCCCUCCCACCAAGCCACCCAGCGCAAGGCGCUCUGAGGAACGCAAGGCCCAGCUCUUGCGUACCUACACCUCUCUACUGCGGUCCACGCCUCUAAUGCUCAUGUUCCAGCACAACAACCUCACCGCCGCCGAGUGGGCCGCCAUACGGCGCGAGCUAAGAGCCGCCUUGGCCGCCGUGCCGACGGCCCCGACAGCCCCAGACGGCCACGUGCCCGUCGAUAUCACUCCCAACAUCUUGCUGCAGGUCGUACGCACACGCACCUUUGACCAGGCCCUGAAGGUCGUCGAGUUCUUCGACCCGGCCACUGUCGGGAAGUCCGACACAACGGGCGCAAAGGACACCUAUACCCACGACUUGUCGAUGGCGGCAUACCAGGCAGUCAAGGCCACCGAGGGUGCCGUGCCCGAGGACUCCACCUACGCCCAGCUGGCGCCGCUUAUGAUCGGCCAGAUCGCUCUCCUCACACUCCCAGCCGUGUCGCCGCAACACCUCGCCGCGGCGCUGUCCAUACUGUCGCCGAGUCCGCCCGCCUUCCCAGCGCCCACGCGAAAGAAGAAUCCGGGCUACCACGACCUCACGACACAGAGCGGUUUGCAAAAGCUCUUGCUGGUCGGCGGGAGGAUCGAGGGCAAGGUCUUCGACUCUGACGGCGUGAGAUGGGUGGGCGGUAUCGAGGGUGGCCUCGACGGCCUGCGGGCGCAGCUGGUGAACAUGUUGCAGAGCGCAGGCCUGGGCCUCACAACCGCUCUGGAAGGCGCAUCAAAGAGCUUGUGGGUGACGAUGGAGUCGCGGAGGACAAUGCUGGAGGAGGGCGCGAACGAUGCCAAGAAGAACGAAUAG